AACUCCUUCCCUAUGUUUCAUUCUGUCUGGUAUGUUACAAGAAAUAAAUCCCCCCAAAAGAAGUUAGACCAAAAAUUCUGAAAGGACACCAAUCCAAACAAAAACCAGUAAGUCCAUAUCUUUUUUUCUUUGAUUAAGCUCCUAUCCCAGGUAUUGCAAGACUUAAACCUCUCAAGCAAGCCAUGCUAUGGUCUGCCCUACCACCUGACCCAUAAAAGCACCCCAAUCUAAGCAGCAGUCCUUAAUUCACCAUUACUCAAGGUCCAAGAAGCAUACCUUACCUUUCCCUGGCCAUUGGUUCCAAAACACUUCUCUCUCGGACUCUGGAAACCAUCAUUUCUUGGGACAGGAGCGUUAUGGGCUAUAGCAGCCCGGCACGGAGACAGCUAAGACUUAAGAAAGAAUAUAAAAAGGGUAUUUAUGCUCUAGGUUGAAUCUCAGUUCCACGUUUUAGAGUCUUUGUUUACUUGGCAAAGGUCACGUUGAUCCUGAGUCUCCCGUCAUGUAAAUUGGGACUAAUAAUAACUUUCCUUUUCAAAAGGUAAUUGAACAAUACAAUGCAUGAUCAUCUGGUACAGAACCAGGUAGACACAUACUCGCUGUAAACUGUCAGUAUUAGACUUGUGAUUCCAUGCAAGUCAUAUUAACUUAUUUCAAGAUUGUCGAUUGCUUUUGCCUAUCAUAGCAAAGGCUGUUUCCCCGAGUUUGAGGAAUACGAGCGCACUCAGCCACGUAAUGACCAAGAAAGACGAUUCUGAUUACGUAGUGCCCGGAGUUUGCCAAAUACUUUGUGGGCGUGGCUUGGUCUUGGGUUUGCAUACAGCGACGGGAUUGGUCAAAGCGAGGUUUCCUGAAGCGUAACGUGGGCCCGCCCUACUUCUCACUGCGCUUGCGCACGUUCUGUUUGCUCCGUCGUGAACCCAGGAGGUGACGUGCAUUGCGCUCAGGCCGCGUUUGCGUCAGCGGAUGUUGCGGCCCCCGGCUUGGCAGGUUGUCUGGGUAACCGCAGGAGUAGUCGCUGUCUGGUAGCAUCUGAGAGACAGGUGUCCGUCAUGCAGUUGAAGCACCUGAGGACCCUCCUGAGCCCUCAGGAUGGAGCUGCCAAGGUGACCUGCAUGGCCUGGUCCCACAACAAUGCCAAAUUUGCUGUCUGCUCAGUGGACCGAGUGGUGUUGCUGUAUGACGAACACGGGGAGCGGAGAGAUAAAUUCUCCACCAAACCAGCUGACGUGAAGUAUGGCAGGAAGAGCUACAUGGUCAAGGGCAUGGCUUUUUCUCCAGAUUCCACUAGAAUUGCCAUAGGACAGACUGACAACAUCAUCUAUGUCUACAAGAUUGGAGAAGAUUGGGGUGACAAGAAAGUCAUCUGCAACAAGUUCAUCCAGACGAGUGCUGUUACUUGUCUGCAGUGGCCCGCAGAGUACAUCAUUGUCUUUGGACUGGCUGAAGGCAAGGUUCGUUUAGCAAACACUAAAACUAAUAAGUCAUCUACCAUUUACGGGACAGAUUCUUACGUGGUGUCACUGACAACAAAUUGCUCUGGGAAAGGAAUUCUCUCCGGUCAUGCAGAUGGUACCAUCGUGAGGUAUUUCUUUGAUGAUGAAGGCUCUGGAGAGUCACAGGUAUGUGUCCUCUCCGCGGAGCAGAAACAAGGUGCUGUGCCGAGCGCUGUGGAAGUGGGCAGAGGCACAGUAUGCGCACUCUUCUUUUGCCUGGGGGCCUCAGUCUCAGACUUGUCCCUUACGAAGGUGAUUGUGAAGAACCUGGCAUCAGGGACCCGUGUGGUGCUCAAGUCUCACUAUGGCUAUGAGGUGGAAGAGGUGAAAAUCCUGGGAAAGGAACGUUAUUUGGUGGUGCACACAUCAGAUACGCUGCUGCUGGGAGACCUGAACACAAAUCGCCUUAGUGAGGUAGCCUGGCAGGGAUCUGGCGGCAAUGAAAAGUAUUUCUUUGAAAAUGAGAAUGUGUGUAUGAUCUUCAACGCUGGAGAGCUGACCCUGGUGGAAUAUGGGAGCAGCGACACCUUGGGCUCCGUGCGUACUGAAUUCAUGAACCCUCACCUCAUCAGCGUCCGUAUUAAUGAGCGACAUCAGCAAGGAAUGGAAGAUAAUAAGAAAUUGGCUUAUCUUGUUGAUAUUAAGACUAUUGCUGUCGUGGAUCUGAUUGGUGGCUACAACAUUGGUACCAUCAGCCAUGAGAGCCGUGUAGAUUGGCUGGAGCUUAAUGAGACUGGGCACAAACUCCUCUUCAGGGACCGGAAACUUCGUUUGCAUCUGUAUGAUAUUGAAAGCUGCUCUAAGACAAUGAUCCUCAACUUCUGCUCCUACGUACAGUGGGUUCCUGGAAGUGAUGUCCUGGUAGCUCAGAACAGAAACAACUUGUGUGUGUGGUACAAUAUUGAGGCACCUGAGAGGGUCACCAUGUUCUCCAUCAGGGGUGACGUCAUAGGUCUGGAGCGCAGCGGGGGAAAGACCCAGGUGAUGGUGACAGAAGGUGUGACCACCGUUGCCUGCACGCUGGAUGAGGGCCUCAUUGAGUUUGGAACAGCCAUCGAUGACGGCAACUACACCCGAGCAACAGUCUUCUUGGAGACCCUACAGAUGACCCCCGAAACAGAGGCUAUGUGGAAAACCUUGAGUAAACUGGCGCUGGAGGCAAGGCAGCUCCACAUAGCUGAGAGGUGCUUUUCUGCUUUGGGUCAUGUGGCAAAAGCUCGAUUCCUGCAUGAGACCAAUGAGAUCGCAGAUCAGGUGUCCUGGGAAUUUGGUGGAGAAGGAACAGACUUCUAUCAGGUCCGAGCACGUCUGGCCAUGCUGGAGAAGAACUACAAACUGGCUGAAAUGAUCUUCUUGGAACAGAAUGCUGUUGAGGAGGCUAUGAACAUGUACCAAGAGCUACACCGUUGGGACGAGUGUAUCGCUGUGGCUGAGGCCAAGGGACAUCCAGCCCUGGAGAAGCUGCGCCGGGAUUACUACCAGUGGCUGAUGGACACGCAGCAAGAGGAGCGAGCAGGUGAACUUCAGGAGAGCCAAGGGGAUGGGCUGGCAGCCAUCAGCCUGUACCUCAAAGCUGGGCUUCCCGCCAAAGCGGCUCGCCUGGUGCUGACCCGAGAGGAGCUGCUGGCCACCACAGAGCUGGUGGAGCACAUCACCACGGCCCUCAUCCAGGGGGACCUCCACGAGAGGGCAGGUGACCUCUUUGAGAAGAUUAGAAAUCCACAGCGGGCCCUUGAGUGCUAUUGUAAAGGCAACGCAUUCAUGAAAGCUGUAGAGCUGGCUCGAUCGGCCUUCCCCAUGGAGGUGGUGAGACUGGAGGAGGCAUGGGGGGACCACUUGGUGCAGCAGAAGCAGCUUGAUGCCGCCAUUAAUCAUUACAUCGAAGCCAGGUGCUCCAUUAAGGCAAUUGAGGCUGCCCUGGGUGCCCGCCAGUGGAAGAAGGCAAUUUAUAUCUUAGAUCUACAGGACCGGAACACUGCAUCCAAAUACUAUCCUCGAGUGGCCCAACACUAUGCGUCUCUGCAGGAGUAUGAGAUUGCCGAGGAGCUCUACAUUAAGGGAGACCGGAUCAAAGAUGCUAUAGACAUGUACACCCAGGCUGGCCACUGGGAGCAAGCACACAAGCUGGCGAUGAAAUGCAUGCGACCAGAAGAUGUGUCAGUGCUGUACAUCACUCAGGCCCAGGAAAUGGAGAGGCAGGGCAAGUACCGCGAGGCUGAAAGGCUCUAUGUGACAGUGGAAGAGCCUGAUCUUGCCAUCACCAUGUUCAAAAAGCACAAGUUGUAUGAUGACAUGAUCCGGCUGGUAGGAAAGCACCACCCAGAUCUACGCAGUGACACGCACCUCCACCUGGGCAAGGAGCUGGAGGCUGAAGGCCGACUGCAGGAGGCAGAGUAUCACUACCUCGAGGCCCAGGAGUGGAAGGCAACAGUAAAUAUGUACCGGUCCAGCGGGCUUUGGGAAGAGGCCUACCGGGUGGCCAAGACUCAUGGAGGAGCGAAUGCCCAUAAGCACGUGGCCUACCUGUGGGCAAAGAGCCUGGGAGGAGAGGCUGCAGUGAGACUGCUUCACAAGCUGGGACUCCUGGAAGCCGCUAUUGACCAUGCUGCCGAAAACUGGGCGGCUGAGCUCUCCAUCAAGUUUCUGCCUCCCCAGCGCAGUCUGGAAGUAGUUCGGGCUGUAGGACCCCAGCUGACUGGAAUUAGAAAGCACAGUGCAGCUGCUGAGCUCUCUCUGAACCUGGACCUUGUCAAGGAAGCGAUUGAUGCUUUUAUUGAGGGUGAAGAGUGGAACAAGGCCAAGCGUGUGGCUAAGGAGUUAGAUCCUCGGUAUGAAGACUACGUGGACCAGCAUUAUAAGGGUUUCCUCAAGAGCCAGGGCAAAGUGGACUCGCUGGUGGGCGUGGACGUGGUAGCUGCUUUGGACCUAUAUGCGGAGCAGGGCCAGUGGGACAAGUGCAUUGAAACAGCUACCAAUCAGAACUGCAAGAUUCUGCACAAGUACGUGGCUCUGUAUGCUACUCACCUGAUCCGAGAGGGUGGCUACGCCCAGGCACUGGCCCUCUACGUGCAACAUGGAGGCCCUGCUAACCCACAGAACUUCAAUAUCUACAAACGGAUCUUCAGUGACAUGGUCAGCUCUCCAGGGACCAACAGUGCCGAGGCCUAUCACAGCUGGGCGGAUCUUCGGGAUGUGCUCUUCAAUCUGUGUGAAAACCUAGUGAAGUCCAGUGAAGCAAACUCUGCUGCCCAUGAGGAGUUCGAGACCAUGCUGCUGAUUGCUCAUUACUAUGCCACUCGCUCUGCAGCCCAGAGUGUCACACAGCUGGAAACUGUGGCUGCCAGACUUUCUGUUUCACUCUUGCGUCACACCCAGCUACUACCUGCAGACAAGGCCUUCUAUGAAGCAGGCACUGCCGCCAAGGCUGUCGGCUGGGAGAACAUGGCCUUCAUCUUCCUCAACCGCUUUUUGGAUCUGACCGAUGCAAUUGAAGAAGGUACCCUGGAUGCCCUUGACCACUCGGAUUUUCAGGGUACAGACAUUCCCUUUGAGGUGUCACUCCCAGCCCAGCAGCACGUACCCGAGGCCCAGCGAGAGGAGAUUCGAGACUGGGUCCUCACAGUCUCCAUGGACCAGCGGCUGGAGCAGGUUCUGCCUCAGGAUGAGCGUGGCACCUAUGAGGCUUCCCUGGUGGCAGUUAGCACUGGAGUUCGGGCACUGCCCUGCCUCAUUACAGGGUACCCCAUUCUGAGGAACAAAAUUGAAUUUAAGCGACCAGGGAAGGCUGCUGACAAGGACAACUGGAAUAAGUUCCUUAUGGCCAUCAAGACCUCCCACAGCCCAGUGUGCCAGGACGUGCUGAAAUUCAUCAGCCAGUGGUGUGGAGGGCUCCCCAGCAUCAGCUUCUCCUUUCAGUGAUGGAGACCUGAGGAAGAGUUUGAGCUUCUCCUUCAUUAAAGUUCUGUUAACUAAUUGAAA